AUGACAGGUUUAAAACUAUAAAAUAAGCUGUCCUGAUAACUUGAAAAGAUUAGGAGCACAGUUGAACGAAGAGAACGGAGAAAUUGUCGUCAGGGAUGCCGCGACACUCGUGUGGGCGCCGAGGCAAACAGCCGAGGGCGGAGGUUCGGCUGUUACACUGGCGGCUCGGAUUCUUCGGCUGUUGUGUCGCGGCUUUGUUGACCGGCGCAUGGUUAUCAGCCAGAGCUUCAUCAAGUGCUUGCCGAACGGUUGGCAAAAAUCGCCGCAAUUAUGCACGGAGAAAGUGGAAAUAUACUUUUUUGUGUUUUUUUAAGAACGAGCUCGUGACAGGGAGAAGUCUGGUGAAAAAAGAAUUUAAACUAGUCGUGAUACUUCAAUUUAUAGUAUGAUCGCCAAAAUUUUAAAGCUGCAAUCGAGCAAAACGAAGCGACGUUUCAACUGCACAAAUUCAUUUUUAAAAUUCGGCAAAAAUAAAUUUCAAGGCUCUGUGCUUUCAAUUUUUUUUUAAUAGUCCUGUAAAUAUAUAAUCAAAAAAAAAAUCAUCUAACGCUUUCAGGAGCUUCUUUUUAGAGAGAUGGAAAAUCCUAGAGGCAAUAAUUUAUGAAAAAGUUUAGUCCUUCGAUGUAUUUUCUUUUUUCCAAUCAGUUCCACUGUUUUAGUUUUUUCUUUGCUUGAAUAGAACUUAAUUCAUUAGAUGAUUCCAUCGAAUAUCUCUCGAAAUUAAAAACAAAACUGGGGAUUCAUUUAAUUUUUAUCAAGGUGUCACGAUGAUGCUCUUAUCUGCACGCACAUUGUAAUGUUGCAGACUAAACAUUGGAAUAGACGACUGCGCCUUCAUUUCAAAUUUUUUUUUUUUUCGAAGAUAUUUUUUUCGAAGAUUUUACAAACUCUUCACAAACUAGCUAAUAUUCUUCACACACGCAGUUCAUAUUUUUUUUUUCGAUUGAAAACUUGAAGGAGUUUUCAUAUCGCGAUACCAAAAUUUUUUUCCAUCUGUGCGCCUAAACACGCCAUAUAGACAAGGAGUUUCUUUGAAGACUUUUUUUAAGUUAUUUCACUGGUUUUCCAAAAGUAAUUUAUUUUACUUUUAGAAUGUUAGAAUGGUGUUUGUAGUCAAACUGUUAGAAAUCUAUAUGAAGAAUGAAAAUUUUUGUGUUAGUGGGGUUCUGAAUUUCCAUUACAAAGUAGUAGGGUUUUGAAUUUCCGGUACGAGGUUAAACCACGUCUAGUUUUCUGCAAUUGUGGCGCGGUACUUUCGGUCUCAUUUUUCACCACUGCGCAGUUCCCUUUAGGAACGCCGUGUUCACUCUCCAAUGUGUUUUGUUUUUUUUUCGGUGUGCUCUUCCUACGUGUUGUGAAUAAAUAAUGUUAGCGUUUUUUUUUUCAGCAAUGAUUCGCUUCGCCGAAAACGGCGAUGUAAUAGCGGAAACUUUGCCGGAGACUAGCACAACAUCUCGAGGUAGUUUGACUCUCAAAUAAUUUUUCUUUCAACAUAUCACCUUUUUGGAAGAAUUUUCAAGCACUUAAUAACCUUGUUUCAGAGAACGUUGCUCCCAGCGCACAGAAAGUUGCUUCUGAAGCGGAUAAGAAAAAGGCUGCGCAGGCAAUUUUUCUUAAAAAGUCCAACUCGGUCAUGCGCAGUGCAUUGAAACAGGUGGGAGGGUAACAUGAAGAUGCAAACAUUUGUUUUCUAAUUUCAGAAUGCGGUCCCUGGUUACGGUUGUCCGGCUUCAGCGGACUAUCCCAAUAUAGAUAAAAUUGGUUCCCCAGGAGAUAAUGUCAGCAUUUCUGGUCGGUUUUACCAAGAAAUUUUAAUUAUCGCGCUUUCCAGCUAAACCAACAUCAAGUGUUCGGUAUAGUCGGUCCGAGCUCAAGUUUGAGACUUUGUGCCGUGGCUACAAGUUUUUCACGUGCAAAGACGCCAUUUUUGCUCAGGUAUCCAUGGUGAAAAUUUUAAAGAGAAAACGUUUUUUUUGAGGACAUUUCCGGAUUUUAUUACAAGCUUAACACCUCGACUAAAGAUUUUGAAUGGUUUUCUGAGGGAUGGAUCGAGGAUAACGGUUUGUUAGAUACAUCAAAGAUGUUAGUUCUUUACAUCAAAUUCAGAACAAAGUCUCGGUGCGUGUCCUCCAACGGCUCCAACUUACAUAAGUUUCAACAAAAAUGGAUUGCCUGUCUAUCCGCUUAACGACGAAGGAAAACCCAUUUUGCCUUACAACGAGAAGGGAGAAAAGGUAAAGCUUGAAAAUACUGAAUUCCGGAAAGGGAAAGAUCCGCAAUAGCUUUCAAUUGUGUUGAAAGAGGACUGGCUAGGGCAUGGUCUCCCUUGAACAUCGAGUUGAAUAGUGAAACAGUAUGGGUUGAUAGGCGUAAGAGUACUCGGAAUCAGAAAUAAAUUUCUGCGAAACCCUACAGACAACCGAGGAAAAGCCCGUCGAAAGUUUUUCAGACCGUGUAUUAUUUUUCCCGAUUUGAAAAGCGAAAUGAGUAGAUUGGUUAGGCUGAAGGUUUCGUACGCGGCUUUUGGCAAGAAACUCGAGGUCAUGAAAAAAGGGUAGAAUAAUUUUUAGAUUUUGAUCGCUCAACUAAGUUCUUUUUUAAACUAUAAACAUUAAAAAUUAUUUUAAAAAACCAUUAAAAAUAGAAAAAAUACAACAUUCGCGUAUAAAUUUACGUUUCCCGCCGGAUAGUCGCUUCGUGUACGAAACGCUUCAUCCUUGCCAAUCUACCCAUCUCUUUUUCAAGUUGAGAAGGAUUUACUUAUAUAGCCACGCUUGAUGAUUUCGGCCAGCAAAUGUCGGCGUGGUUUUGUGGGAAUUCCGCACUCUCCACGCAGUGACCCUGGUUCGGAUCCUUUUGGCGGAAAUUAAUUUUAUUUGUUCAUAAAUUCAUAACUCGCACAUAUCCAAUGUUUCUUGAGUAUUUCAAGUUAAAAAAAAAAACCACUUUUCACAUAUUUUUGUUCAUUCGUUUAUUUAUUUCAAACAAUGAAGAUUUUUUUUAUAAGUUUUGUAAUACUCAAUUAAAAUGAUUUUUUUUUUCAAGAAUUGUAAAAUAUAUGAGCGAAUGAUGAGUUUUUGAUUAGCAAAAAUGUUUUUCGCCAAUAGGAAUCCAACCAUACACAGUGUGAACAGCGACGAAACUCCUACGCCGCCGGUCGCUGUUGGAAGCCCCCGAACUCGGUCGUAACUCUCCGGAAAACCUCCCGGAAGCUCAUACGUCGACUGGAUCCCACCCCGGGGUGCGGCCUACCCCCCUCAAACUGCGGCCUACUCCCCCUCAAACUGCGGCUUCCCCCCCACAAAAAGUGCGGCCCACUUCAGUACAUUUUCAAAUUUUUUUUUUCGCGCUCAAAAGGCUGGGGUGGGAUCGGAAGCUUUUCCUCGGUUUGGCAGAAGUUUUUCUUUUAUUUUUAAUUUCGAGUACUUUCACCUAGUAUUACCAAUAAGGUCUCACUCCUCCACUCGAUUUCCAGGGGAGGCCAAACCAUAAUGAGAAAGACUUUCAAGACAUAAUUUUUCACUGUAUUCAAAGUUUUGAAUUGUUUCAGGUUUUCCCGACUGAUAUUUCGACGGCUCUUCCGAUAUUUCCUGUGGACUUCUUUUCUGGAGAACCAUGCCUGCCAGUGGGACCUGAUGGUCGUCCUGUUUUUCCGAUGGGAUCUCAUGGAAAGCCAAUCGUUCCCAUUGACUCCACCGGUUAGCCCAUUUAACGGAACCCUAAUCUCUCCUUUCAGCCACCUUAAGUGAAAUAAGGUUCCUCCAGAGCAUUCCCCUUAGCUAGACCGCCAUUUGCAACCAUUCAGGUAGGUUCUCGCGCCUCGGCAGCAAAUUUUUGGUUGAUAUACAGCCGAAUGAAUUGCAGUCCGCUCUCAACCAAUGCGGCGCUCCCCCCAAACUUGGGAAAAUGCAGUGAUGUUGUCUCUCGCUCCCCCAGUCAUUAACUUGUCGUUUUAGCGAGGAUUUGUGACGGCGCAGUUCGGUCGCUGUGUUCAGCUCCAACAAACUUUGAGUUAAAUGUAUCGGAAAUGUUGUGAAAAUUGCUUUUCGAGAAGCGGCGUCCUCGACUUCCAGCUAUCCUAAUCGUUGAUCUUUUCCUACAGGCGCCGCUGUAUUCCCUCGAGGGCCUGACGGAAAGUUUUUGUUUCCUGAGCGCGAGGAUGGACGUCCCAUUCCGCCGACCACCGUCUACGGCAAUCCGGUCAUUCCUUUCGAUGAAAACUGUUCGUUUUUAUUUUUCCAGAUCUGUGAAAUCUAAAAUAGAGCACUUGGAGAGCAACAAUUAAGAAACGAUCUGCUCUGUGAAAAAGAAAAUACAAAAAAUGGCGGAGGAAAAAUAAUCAUCACUCUUCUCUGAAACAAAAAUCAAUAGACAUUGCUUUCUUGAAGAAUGGCCAGAACAUUUAAUAGGCUUUGGAUACGAUUAAGUCGAGCUGCGAAAAGUCGCUAAACCGAUAUUCAAGUGGAAGCUCGUUUAAUAACGAUUUUCUACUUUUCUUGGCUACUGAAUAGCUGGUUUUCUGAAAUAUGAUUUUUUUGAUUUUCGUAUUUCGCACUGUUCAUGUCUAGAUACUUUUAGAAUAUUCAAUAAAGGACGACAAAAACACGAGUUGAAAAACAAUAAUUAGAAACAAAACUCAACGGAAAAUAUGUGUAAAAUCCUCUUAGUUUCUUUUUUUCUAAAUACUAAAAACUCGUUUUUGCCAUUUCAAAUCAGAAAAAAAGCUUAAAAAAAAAACAAGUUUCAAAAAUGUUACCCAUUUAGUGGCUUCUUUUCAGUGCAGCCGGUGAUCCCAACGGACGCCAACAACAAGCCUUUGAUCUUCAUGGGCGGAGAGGACGGAAUCACGCCUAUGACCGAGGAGGAACACUACGACUGGCAGUACAGUCAGGCGAUGUACGACCCCGCCGCCUAUGGCUACGGCUACGAUCCUCAGCAGCCGAAUCCCUACGAGAUGGCCAACAACGAACAACUUAUUCAGGCUCACAAGGACAUGUAUUAUGUCAGUAUUCGAUUCUCUCUUUCUAUCCGCUCGGGCAGGCUAAGUGAGCUGGCUUUUAGGAGUUGCGCAUAAACUUUUGAAAUCCCGUCGAAUAUUUUUUAAAUCUUAACUUAAAUUUUCACAAAAAUGGUGAUUUUUGUCUUUAAGAACUUGAUGUUUGACUUUUUGAAGUAUUCAGCCCUCGCACGAGUCCUUUCUGUUUUUAGGGGGUUUUUUUUUUUGAAAUCGAUUUUCAGAGGUCUUUUUCUUUUAUUCUCAUCGAAGAAAUUUUUCAGCAGCAAUACGACGCCAAUGGCUAUGAUUAUAACUACGAGCCAGCUGAACCGACGGUUCGUUUCCCUUUUAUGACGUGUAAACAGUGAAAGAUUUCUAGCCACAACAAAAAGAAGCUGAGAAAAAGAAAAAGAUGAUCGAAAUGCAUUUGAAGUCGUUGAAAAAGGAGAAGAAGGUUGGUCAUAUAAUUUAUGCGCCAUGAAAACGUUUGAUUGGAUGUUGUGAUCUAAAACAGUAAAGCGGCGUUUGGUUGUUUUUUUGUUCAUUUUGAAGAUCUUCAGAAAGACGAAGAAAGUAUUCAAGUGAAUGCGAAAAAAUUUCACUUUUUUUCAUCUAAUUUUUUUGUUCAGGUUUUUCUUCGUGAGAAAAAAAGCCGAAAAAAAAUUUUUUUUUGUUGAAAAAAAGUUUAAAAAAAAAAAUUGAAGACGAGUUGGUCCAAAAUAUUUUUGAACUUUCAACCUUUGGGAUGUCCCAUGAUUCUCUCUUUCCUUCACCCUUUCCAGAAUGCUCUAGUUACUUCUAACUCUGCAAAUCUGUGCCUUAAUUUCAGACGGAAGAAGCCCCGACUGAGGGAGCGAAUGCGGAGACUCCGGAGCCUGCAGCCCCUGCAGCACUCCCUCCGAUUCCGCCAGGCCGUCCGCCUCUUCUGAGCCGGGAGAAGGAGCAACGCGAGCGUUACGUCCCAGAACCCGACAACCGUGCUCGCCGAUUCCGCAACUACAACAACUACGAGCGCGACAAUGAUCGCGACAGCGACGACCGCUACGGUGGCAAUCGAGGAUACAAUCAACGUUUCAACCCGCGAUUCCGAGGAGGUGGUGGCUAUAGAGGACGUGGCGGAGGCUAUCGAAGCGGCGGAGGAUACCGAGACGACUACAGGAGUAAAAGUGGCUACAAACGCAGACAUGACAGCCGAAGCGAUGAAGAUGGUUAGAUUUUUUGCCGUCAAAAGCAAGAUUGAGCACGAGCUGGUUUGAUAAGUGGAAGAAAAGUUCUUUUUGAUGAAAUUUUGGUAGUUUUGUGCGGAAAAAAGUUAUAAUGGAACAAGUCUAUAAGUUCUGAAAUAAGUGUAAAAGUGUAACCAAUAAUUAAGAAAAUAAUUCAUCUCAAAGUUUCAUUACGGAAAAUUUCUAACUGAGAAAUUUUAGUUCACCGAUGGGCUUACGUUUCUGAAAGAGGUGACCAUUAAGAGUUGCAAGAUUCAUUGCAGAUUCCAAACGGCGCCGUGGUCGUUCUGAUUCUCGCACGCCCAGCUCUUCAAGAUCUCGUUCACGCGAUCGCUACAGGUUCAUAAAGUUUCUCUUUCGAAAUUUCUUCUGCUUUACAGGAUCAUUCUAAAAUCUUUUAAAGCACCCCAACUCCACAUUAAUUUCAUUUUUCAUGUUUAAGUUAAUAGAGGAAAGUGAAAACUCCUUUUUGGGGUAGGUGUGCGAAAAAAAUGAGAAGAAGACCGUGUUCUCAGGUCGAACUCGAGGUCAUCCUCACGUUCGCGCUCGAGGGAUCGUCGUCGCAGUCGCAGAGAUCGCAGCGGCUCAACUCCUCGUAGGUCUCGCAGUAACAGUCGCAGCUCGCACAGGACGUGGUCCGGCGACGAAAGACGCACUUCCAAGCGUCGCAGCCGACGUGACAGCGACGAUGUGAGCAGAUCCCGUGUGGACAGCGAAAAAAAGAGUGUUUCGAGGUAUUUCUGUUUCACAAAGUUAGGCUGUUUGAAAUAAUUGCAUCAAAAGACGCUUAGAUUCGUUGAAAUGCAAUAUCUUUUUAGUUCUAUUUUUUCCCGUAGUUUUUUCUCUAAAUCUUGAAAAGUUUGCUGUUUAUUUCAUUAGUUUUUUUUCUUCAAAUCAUGUUAUGUUAAGAAGUCGCAGUCGUUCUUCUGCCAUGUCUGGUUCUGACGAUGAAAGACGCAGAGGCGGAGAGUCGGAUUCUCCGAAAAAGAAGAAGAAGAAGGACAAAAAGAAGAAAAAGGACAAGAAGCGCGAGAAGAAGGAGAAAAAACGAAGCAAGAAGGACAAGUCUCGCCGGGAAGAGGAUUACGAUAGCGAUAAGGUUUCCGAUGUUUAAUUUGGUUGUUUUCUUUUAUCUUCUCCAUUUUUUUUUUGCGUUUUAUCUUUGUUUUGUUGAACCUGUGAAUGGAUCUGUUACAAAAACGAGGGAAUUCUAAUAUUAAAUAUCGUUUUAUGGCGUGAAAGGCUACUAAAAUAAAGCUCUUAUUUGUGUGAAUCUUAUAUUAUCAAGAGAAUGCGAUUGAAGGCGUAAAUAUAUUUUUCUUGAUGUAUAUCCUGCCGGACUUUUUUCUAUUCUUUGCAGGACCCGCGGAAGACCCCGAGAAGCGAUGAGGACAAAGGUAAGGAGAAGAGCGACGAAGACGCCAUGGACGUCGACGAGGGCGAUGACAGCGCCGUGAGUUUCUUAUUUUUUUCGCUGGGUUUUGGGUUUCAAGGGUCUAUGAAAAUUCGUUCAGCCCAGAAGAUAUAAGUUUAGAGGAGGAUUCAAAUAUAUCUUUCCAGAAAUCGAAAAAAUAGAUGCACAAUUAUUUGUUUCCUUUCUAGUGCUCUGGAUAAUAUUUUCAUAGACCUUGCUUGGGUUUGGCUCUGAUUUUCUCAUACCAAAUCUUGAGAUUCAGAUCGAUCUGAAUAAGAUCGACGAACGGGUUUUGGAUGAACUGUUGCGUUUAUCUGAAAAGGUAUCUUGCAGUGUGAAUUAAUACAGUUGAAAGUGAAUGAUUUAUUGGCGUCCAUCAACUUGAGAAAAAUGCCUUCAUUUUCUGAAUAAACUUGCUAAAAUGACACUCAAAAACUUAUAAAAUCUUGACGUGGCCAAGAUAAUUUUUUUCAUUUCUAUUUCUCUAAUUGUUUUAACUUCUGGAUUUUGUAGAAGGAAGACAUUGGUCCGCAACUUCCAACAACUCAGAAAACGAACGCUGUCGUUGAACACAGACAGACAAUCGAUAGAGAGUCGACGGGCACGGACGAAGGCCAGACUCCUCGAGAGGUAUCAAAAAAUGAACAUUAGCUUUUCAUUCAACGUUUUUCUCUUUAGGCUUCUGAAUCGGCUCAAAGAAAAAAGGAAGAACUUUUGCGUGGUCAUACCGCACCUAAGAAGGUCUUCCAUCCGUUCUUGGACGAAGGAGACAACUCUCCAAAGGUUUUUCUUUCUACAAACGCCCACAACUUUUUGAUUAAUUUUCUAGAAACCAGUGACAAAGUGGGAAAAAGUAGCAGACGUAGUUCUGCCUCCUCCUGCCGUGAUUAAUAAUUCUAUCGAGGAAUUGAAGCUACGUCGUUUGAAAGAAAAGGAGGUUCGGCCCUAAGUCGUUCUUCUGCCCACCUCAUCUUUUUUUUCCAGGAAGCUGAACGGCUGGAGCAGAAGCGGCUUGAUAUUGAGAAGGCGGCUGAGAUCGAACGUCUCAAGGCUGAAAUCAAGGCUCAGCAGGAGAAGAAGGCACAGGAAGAGGCUGAGAGACUUCAGCGUCAGGCUGAGCUGUCCAGAAGAAUUGAGGAGGAAAAAAGGAUAAAAGAAAGAGCAAGAAAAAGUUGCCCGUCAGGAAGAGCUGCGGCGGCAAAUCGAAGAAAGUCGACGAAGAAAGCAGAAAGAAGAAGAAGAUCGAAGAGAGCAAGAAGAACUUCAAGUUCAACGGAAACGUCUACUGGAGGAACAGGAAAACAGACGCAAGCAAGCCGAAGAAGAGAAAAACCGCCAAACCGAAGAGGAAAACCGUCGCGAAGCGACAAAGAGUAAAGAGGCCCCCAAAGUGUCCGAUGCGGAGGCGAAACGAAGAGAAGAGUUUGAACGGAUCUUCGCCCAGCACGAGGAGGUCCGCACCAAAAUGGAACGCCUUCAUCAGGAGGAAAUCAAAGAGCUCAAGGCUCAGAUUGCGGCUUUAAAAGGUGAUAAAUAAAAAUAUUCUUCUUGAUAGCCUUAUUUUAACUAAGUUUAGCUGAGAAAAAUAUGGAAAUUUUUCGAGUUGUUAUAAUUUUUCGUAUUAUUUCAUUGAAUUUCGAAUAAAUUGGUUUUGACGGUUUAUUGUUUCCAGAGGAGCUGUUGAACCAGAAGACCCCUGAGCAGAACGGGAAGUCGAGUCGCGCGGCACUGGAAGUAAUCACGUUGCCGACGACUCCGGAGCUGGAGAAGGCGGUCGCCGAGUGCCACAGCCACCUCAAGGCGAUUCGCAAAGAACGUCGUGCCGUCGAGGACGAACGUCGCAAAGUCGAAGAGCGUACGUUUCUCAUACGUUUAUCGUUAAAAAAUUUCAAGAGCGGGUUAUCUUAUCUGGGCAAAAAUCUGUUAUCAGUUGAGAAGUAUUGAAAAUAGUUUUCUUUUUUGAAAUUUCGAAAUCUUACUUUUGGCGGCAUCUCGAUGUUUGAUCCAGCCGACUUAUGUUCAGAUCCUUAUAAUAUUCGAAAGUUGAACAGUCAUUCACAGAAUAUAGUUUUUCUCACACAAAAAGAAAAAAAUUUGCCCUUUACUUAUUCUCUUGCGAAAUUCAAUUUUUCUCCUUGAAAGAAGGGGUCAAAAAACAAAAAUAGUAAUAAUAAAAACUCACCAUAAACGUUUUUUUGUAAUAAGUUUUUUUGAAAUUUCCCGUUCAAUUGAAGAAGUUCGACUUAGAAAGUUUCCCACCGCCAAUAGUCUGAAGAGUGUCUGAAAAAAGUUUAAUCUUCUAGUGGUUGAUGAGGCCCAAGCUUCUUCUGGCAGCCGACGCAGCGUUCGGAAGCGCGAAGUUGAGGACGACUAUUGA